GAAAUUUCAUCUGCUGGACUGGGGAGCGGGAGGGAAGAAGCAAUGAAUCCCUUCCUCUUUACACAUGUGAAACACAUCGAAAUCCUUAAAAUGGUACCGAGAGGCCCUCAUUAGUAGUCACAGGUGAUGGUGUACAUAACAGAGCCCAACUAUAAUUUUAUAUGUCGUAAAUGAAUGUGUCUUGCCUUGGACUUUCGGGGAACCUUUCCUCACUGUGUGACUUCUUUUGCAGAUCCCCCGUUCUUCUCAGAAGCCCUUCUCUAUGGUCGGAGACCAUGUCCAAGCAGCCCAUGUGUGUGCUGAAGUUCCUCCGAGGGUCCACCAACCAGAGAGUGUGCAUGCUGUUAGCCAUUAUUUUCAAGCUCAUGUUUCUCGUCUCUAUCAUGAUCUACUGGAUGGCAGAAUCGAAAUACAAGGGCCAGCUGCACAGCUUGCCUCUCGAGGUUAAGUGCCCCCUUCUCCUUUCUUCAGCACCUCCUCCGAUCCUGGGUGAGCCCCCUGCCCCACCAGGGGACAUCUUCUUUGUGGAAACUUCCGAUCGGACCAACCCCAACUUCCUUUUCAUGUGCUCGGUGGAGUCGGCCUCCAGGACUCACCCUGGUACCAGGAUUGUUGUCCUCAUGAAGGGUCUGCUUGGCAGGAACUCUUCCCUCCCCAAGCACUUGGGCAUCUCUCUGCUGAGCUGCUUCUCCAAUGUGGAAUUCCAGCCAUUGGACCUGGCCGACCUUUUUGAGGGCACCCCUUUAGCCAGUUGGUACGCCUUUCUCAACCAAAGAUGGCAUCCGUACCUGCUCCCCACCAUUUCGGACGCUGCCAGAAUAGCCAUCAUGUGGAAGUUUGGGGGGAUUUAUUUGGAUACGGACUUCAUCGUCCUGAAAAAUCUGAAGAACUUCACCAACGUCCUGGGCAUCCAGUCCAAAUAUGUGCUCAAUGGGGCCUUCCUGGCCUUCGAGCCCAAACACGAGUUCAUCCAGCUCUGCAUGCAGGACUUUGUGGAUCAUUAUAACGGGUGGAUCUGGGGCCACCAGGGCCCCCAGCUCUUGACCCGCGUCUUCAAAAAGUGGUGCGGGAGUAAGAGCCUUCAGGAUCGCCGGAGCUGCAGGGGGGUCCACGCCCUGCCCCAGGAAGCCUUCUACCCCAUCACGUGGCAAAACUGGAAGAGGUAUUUCGAAGACAUCAGCUCGCAGGAAUUCCACACGCUGCUGAAUAAGACCUACGCGGUCCACGUGUGGAACAAGAAGAGCCAGAGCGUCAGCUUUGAGGUCACUUCUAAGGUACUGCUGGCCCGGCUCUACUCCCGCUAUUGCCCUAUGACCUCAGAGGUCAUGAAGAUGUACCUCUGAAGAGCUGAAGUGGACUCCUGACAACCUGCCCCCUUGAGAAAGCUUUGGCUCAACACUCAGUGCCCUCUUUACGGAAAAGGGCACCUCAGAUGGAAGGUCCAUUCCAGCUAAAGAACAUGGGAUCUUCCAUGAAGAGGGGGUUCUGAUUGGGCUGGAGGUGGGAAGUGAUGAACCAUCCUCCUCCAUCUGUCCUGAAUGGUAGCCAUCUGCCAACUGGAACUGUGAGUAUCCAAAAGAACAGAAUGGAGGAAAAGGCUGUUGGCUUGGAAGAAAGGGAGAUGUUUGUCACAAGAAAUCAGAGAAUUGGGGCAGCUAGACUGGCCCUGGAGUUCAGACCUGAGUUCGGAUGCGGCCUCAGACACGUAACACUUUCUAGCUGUGUGACCUUGGACAAGUCACUUAACCCCAAUUGCUUCACCAAAAAUAAAAUAAGUCAGAGAAUGGAAGCUGGUUCAGAGACUUCAGGGUGAAGAAGGCAAAAAAAAAAAAAAAUUACCCAAUGUAGGAAGAGAUUGCCCAUGAGAAAAGAGGGAGAAAAGGUUAUUCUUGAAGUCAUAGAGGCCAAAAGCUUCUGGAGGCUUUCCACUCUCCCAAGUCGCUCUGAAUAUUGAGAUGAAUAUGUCUUCUUUGGCUCUUUGAAGACUGGCAGCAGGAGCUUACAUUUGGGGGAGAGGGGAAUUGAGCUUUGGAGUUCCCAAGGUGGGAGAGCCUCCCUGUUUUCUCCCCUAUCCUACUCCUGCCCUCACUUUGUCCCUUUUAGGAAUAGACUUGAGUCAACUGAAUAGGGUCAGCCACUAACUUUUGGGGUGGGGAGGGGUCGUGAGAAAGGCAUUUCAGGAGAGACUGACAAAAUCUCUAAAAUAUUCUCUCUUCCACAUAUCAGGUAAGAACAAGAGAAAAAUAUAAUAAUAAUAAUAAUAAUAACAACAACAACAACAACAACAACUCCUCAUCUUUUGACUUUGUAAAUCGAAUUUUCUCCAUGAUCUCAUUUGAGUUUCACAACAGCUCAGGGAGAUUACGUCCAUUUCAUAGGGAAAGAAACUGGGUCUUAGAGGACUACAUGUCAUAGAGCUAAUAAGUGCCUGAGACAGGAUUUGAACACAGGUCUUCCCUACUCCGAAUCUAAGGCUCUGUCUGCUACAAAGGUUGUCAGAUUGUCCUAGGAGGUCUGGCACCCUUAUUGCUAAGAGGUUCCUAAAACUUGGUGGAUGCUCCUUCCCAGUCCCCUGCCACUUACCCUCACUUUCAGGUCGUCUUGGAAGCUCACUGAGCAAGUUUUCCCCAUGGAUUUUGCUAGAUUCACAAGAAAAAGCUGACUCAAAUCCAAGGCGUUCUGAAGCAUCCUUCAUCCAAGCAGACCGUCCAAUUGGACAAAGAUACAUCAGCUACAAGGGGGUGCCAUUCCCCUGCAUUUUGUCGGGGGCUGGGAUCUUGCAAACCUUUCUUUAUUUGGUAUUUCUAAUCUGGAAGCGGCCCUCCAGAAUCAAGCCCUCACCUAGGUGUCUCUUUGAACACCUGGAUGGUAAACGGGGGCUCCGCCAUUGUGUCAAGAGCCCCCUCUUUGUAAUCUUCACCAGGGGCUUCUCAAUAAGAUUUCUCCAUUGCUUUCUCUAAGUCUCCCCCCUAAUAUUAAAAUUUUUUAAUUUUAAUUUUUAUUUUUAUUUACAUUUUUAAUGGAGGCCUUUUUUAGGAAAAUAGGAAGGGGAUAAGCUGAUCUGGGGGACAGGAAGUACCACAUCUCCUAUGCUAUCUGUAUGAUCCUGGACAAGUUAUUUUAAUUAACCUUUCAGUGUCUGCACAUACCCCCCCCCCCUAAAUGUGUAAGUGGCAGGAGUGUCAUUAGUAGAAACUUCCUUGCCCAGGAGUUUGGAUGCCAAAGAAUUCACACAGUCUGGUCCCUAUCCUCCAUCCCUUCUUGGUUCUGCAUUGGUCCACAAAUUGUCUUCCCCAAUGUUUCCUUCUCCUUUCCCUUUCCCCCAAAAGUCACCCAUCAUAACAGAAGGAAAAAGAAGGAAGGAAAAAACCACCAGUUGAGCAAAACCAGCACCCACCAAUCAAGUUUGCCUUUUUAAUUCCUCCUGAUCUGCACUGUCUAUUGUGCCAUGUGGCACCCAUCCCUUGAGAAGCUAAGAAUGCCCUGCUUGACCUCGUCCGCCCUCUAACUUCCGAAGGUCCCUCCUGAAAGUUGACUGUCAGGUUUUGGAGGCUGAGUUUGACCUUUCCCUUCUCAGUUCCCAAUUCUGAACAUGAGAGUGUGUUUAAUAUAUAUUUAGAAGGGAAAAAACAUUCUGAGGCUUAGAACUCAGAACACUCAGUAGUCUUUUGAUUACUAGAAAGAAUUAAAAUCUGCUUGCAAGAGAGAAGUCAUCCCCAGGCUGCCCAGGAGGAGAGCCUUGAGGUGGGGGCAUCUAGUGCCUCACCCCUGCCUCCCUAGAAUUCUUGGUUAAUAUGCAACCCUGGCUACUCAUAUAACCCGUCCAUCUCAACUUCAGGGUUUGCUCCCCUACUAAAGUUAUUAUAAAGAGAUAGUGGAUUGUAUUAUUUUUCUUCCUCCUGCCCCGGUCCAAAUAUGGCACAUGGCUGGGGGCUCAUGAGUCGUGGUUCGAAGUGGAUGAGAACCUACAGAAGAACUCAACUUGGUGCUUUUCUGUGAGUUCCACAUGGGAAAAGAGAGUAUCCGAUAUGAUAAAGCUCACUUUCUACUACUGGGUUUGUUUGAGAAGGAAAGGGUGAUGAGGGGUGGAGUCAAGAAUUGAUUUUCCUACUCUCUUGUUGCAUGUAAGCUCCAUCAUUAUCAGAAAGUUUAUCAAGUUGCAAGCCUGUCCUGUGCCUUCUUCUCAGAUUAUCUGGUGGAGGAGGAGGAUGGAAAAGAAUUAAGAGAAGUGAAGCAGCAGGUCAGAAGAGAAGGGACCCAGCGGAGAAUUUUCUUUUCUUUUUUUUUUUUUUUAAUUUUUUUUUUAAUUUUUUAUUUAAUAAUUACAUUAUAUUGACACUCAUUUCUGUUCCGAUUUUUUUUUCCCCUCCCACCCUCCACCCCCUCCCCUAGAUGGCAAGCAGUCCUUUAUAUGUUGGAUAUGUUGCAGUAUAUCCUAGAUACAAUAUAUGUUUGCAGAACCGAACAGUUCUCUUGUUGCGUAGGGAGAAUUGGAUUCAGAAGGUAUAAAUAAUCCGGGAAGAAAAACAAAAAUGCAGAUAGUUCACAUUCGUUUCCCAGUGUUCUUUCUUUGGGUGUAGCUGCUUUUGUCCGUCAUUUAUCAAUUGAAACUCAGGUCUCUUUGUCAAAGAAAUCCACUUCCAUCAAAAUAUGUCCUCAUACAAUAUCGUUGUCGAAGUGUAUAAUGAUCUCCUGGUUCUGCUCAUUUCACUUAGCAUCAGUUCAUGUAGGUCUCUCCAAGCCUCUCUGUAUUCAUCCUCCAGCGGAGAAUUUUCUUCAAUAGAGCCGUGUACAUUCCCUGCCGCCAUGUUUCAUUCCCUACUGCUAUGUUUCAUUCUCUGCCUCUAGGGCUCUAUCCUGUCUUUAUUUCUGUUCAUCUAAUCUCAUCAAGCUUCCCCUUUCUCCUCUCCCUCACAACUGAGUUUAUUUCCUGUUGGGUUUGGUUGACAACUAAGCAGUAGAACCUGAAAUCUUCCAGAUUCUUUCUAAGAGGAAGCUGGUCCAGAUCCAACCCACCCUUCAUGGUUGGGUAACAUCUACUGGUCCAGGAGGAUUUGGGACAUUGUUUUUGCAGGUAUCAUAUGGAAAAUCUUUUCCAGUUGCUAGAUUCUGGAUCCUGAGACUGGCCCCAAGAUAGUAUAAUGGAAGAAGAGCAUGGAUGGUGGUCCCUUGUUGGUUGGAGAGCCAAGGGGCAAAGUGGGAGGCAGCCCAGUGUUGGGCUCCACCACUUGGAAAGUGAGAGGACUGGUAAAAAGCUCUGGAUCUGAAUGGAGAGACCUCAGUUCAAAGCCUGGCCUUGCCACUUAUUCCCUUUGGGACCUCACUUUUUGUACCUCAAUUUUCUGAUCUAUAAAACGAGGGCACUAGUUGACUCCUGAGGUCUUUUGGCUUCAAACCCACAAUUUCUUGUUUUCUUUGAAGCUUUAAGAAUAUUGGACGGAGGCUUUGCACAUACCUGGAGGGACACUAAUGAGAUUACCCUUCCCUGCCCCUCCCAGGCUGUUAUUUCAGCUCUAACCCUAUACUAGUGUCUUCUGGACCUUUCUCAUGCACAGAUGUUGUCAUUUACAGAACUGAGUCACUUUUUUCCUUCUCCGUUUUAAAUAUUUAGUUGGGGGGUAGGAGUGAGGGGAAGGAGAAAAUUUCUGGGUUUUCUGAGUUUAUUAUUUUUUUCUCCUUCCAUGAAAACAUUCUGUUCUAUGGCAUCUUGUUCUACUGGCACAUGAUGGUUUUUGCCUCUAAAUGAUUGAGCUGAGGCUGUAAUCAGAUUUUAGUUGCAUCGAAAUAACAUUAGACUGAGCGUAAUAAACCAGUGUGAGCUGGCCAGGCACCCCACAGUCUCUUUCAGGGUUUCGGUAGUGGACCCAGAACUGGUUUAUCUCAGCUGAAUCAGACUCCUAAGUCAAUAGAAAUCUGGUGGCUUCUUGCCUUCCAGGUAUGAGCUGAGAUAUCUUGCUGCAUCUGGUACUGUCUGGAGCCACUAAUGUCCUAAUAUGGUUUGACCUUUUUCCCGAAAGUUUAAGUAUUUCCCAACUAAAAAACUCAUCACUUCUCUGGCUCUCUGUGACUUCUCCUAGAAACAGAAUAUGGCAGGAUGCUUUAGUGAGUGAGUGGGGAAAAUUCAGAUCCCCUAGAAUUGUAGUUUCUAUGCUUGUGACCUAGAACCUCAGUUCUACCUUUCCUUUCCACUAAUAAUGGAUAAGAUGGAAGAAAUUAAGGAGUUCAGAGACUAGAAAAACAAGGUGGAGGUCAUCCAGUUGGAAUCAAGGCAUCUCGGAAGAGCCAGAGUUCCCUUUCCUCUUCUUUUAUUUGUGAAUCGUCUACUUGGAAAUUACUUAACCCUUUAGGAAACAGGCCAAACCAUUUUAGGGCACUGGGGGCUCCAGACAUAAUAGGUGCAUCAAGAUGUCUCAACUUGCACCCGUUUCUUGGUUUUCUGAAUGUAUAUCAAGGAGUGUUUUAUCAAGAGAGUUUCCAAAUUAAUGUGAUGAGCAUGUGUGAGUCUCAGUUUGGAACCUUUGGCAUGUCGUACAAAAUAGACACUUGGUAAAUUAAAACAAGACAAUUUUUAAGGCUCAAUACCCAGAGUUCCUCUGGUCAGGACCCUUGGAGGAAGAUAUCAAUGUUUUCUGGCCUAUAAAAGGAUGCCAGAAAGGAUCCCCUUUCCCACCCUCAGCAAGGUGACCCCAAGAAAAGAUUACGUCUUUUCUUCUUAAUUUCUGAUCUGGGCUGAGAUCACUGUCCUUUGCUCCAGACAAGUAUAGGACUUCAGAGUCAGAAAUUCCACCAAUCUUCCCUAACUGGAUGUGCAAAUGCAUUUGGGUUAGGAUAAGUAGAAGGGGGCCAAGACUGCUUCUCUUAUUAUGGCAAACCCCAGUAGCCAUGACACAAUGUGCCAGAGAAUAGUUCACCAUCUCCACUGACAUCAUCAAUUUUUUUUUCCCCUGAGACAAUUGGGGUUAAGUGACUUGCCCAGGGUCACACAGCUAGGAGGUGUUAAGUGUCUGAGGUCAGAUUUGAACUCGGGUCCUCCUGAUUUCAGGGCUGGUGUUCUAGCCACUACGCCAACCACUGAUAUCAUAGACUUUGCCCCAAAGCCUUGCACUUCUGAGCUCCCUCUGUCUUGGUUUGGGUCUCCCCAAGCUCACAAGUUUGAAGAGUGUGUUUUUCCCUCUGAUCUCUCUUCUGUCCUCAAGCCACAAAGAUAUCCUAGGUCCUUCCUUUAGUCAAUAAUAAAUCAAUGGAUGGGAGAUCUCAUCAAUCAGGCAUUCCCCUCCAUCGUGCUGAUACACAUCCAUUUGCACCCUCUCAUCCUCCAGGCCAUAGUCUUCCCAAGAGGACUGGCCAAUAAUCUGGAAGCUGCCCUGCACCCCAUUGACCCACAUCCUUAUUUUUUAACUUGUGCCUCCUUUUCAGAGCCUACGUUUCCUUAUUGGUAUCUGUCCCCUGUACCUGUCAGGUAUGGAAGUUUGAAAAGUGCUUCCUUUACAAUGUUUCCAAUCAAGGAGUUCCCAGGAAUUGUGGCCAUUUUCCAAGGAGGAAACUAGCAGCUACAAGAAUUUAGAUGCUUGCCCAAGGUUAUUCAGGAGCAUUUGAGACCGGGUUCAAACUAGGAAGUUAUGUAGAAAGGGCUGAGCACUAAGGGGGACGAACACACAAAAUGGCGAAUGGUCUGUGACCUUGUGAAGUUGGUCCUUCACUGGGUCCUCCACACUCUUCCACCCAACUCUAAAGCUGGAGGGGACCUCAGAAUCAUUGUCUCCCUCUUCAUUUAACAGGGAAACUGAGGCUCAGGGAGGUGAGGAGUUAACCCAACUGGGAGUUAAUGGCGGAGCCAUACUUGGAACCCAAGUCUAUUCUUCCCCAAACCUUUGUACUGAAGACGGACUCAAGGUGCAUCGCGUGUAGGCCCCAGUGAAAUAACCUGCCCUUAUGAUAAAAGGAGGCAGCAGAGAAGGCUAUUAGCAUAUCUUUUGCACAGACUUUGGCUGACCCCAGUCCCUGCACAUCGCCCCACGUGGCCCUGGAUGCUGUGGUACGGUAUAGGAGAGGGACGAGUUGUGGCUAGGUGACUCUAGAUAAGACAUUUCUCUGUUUGCUCCUCUGCAAAAUAGGUGGGUUGGUCUCCCGGGGCCAAAUCCAGAGCUAAUAUCUUUUUGCUUUCCUUCCAGAAGUAGGCUCUGUUUCCUAGGACGGGGUAUCACUACAUGUUUACAAAAGAAAUCACAGCAUCUUCCCUACCUACCCCCUCACCUUUUUGUUUUCUUUUGGCAAAGGCCGUGCAGCGGCAGGUUUGGGGGAUGCAGGACUCAGCGUGUACGUCAUUAAAUUAUUUAAUAAACAUUCCAGCCGUGUCCGGAAUCACUGAGCAGUGAAGUGUUUCUGGGAUCCUUAGCUCAUAAAGGGACUAAUUCUGCCUCACUGUAUAAAUAUUAAACAUGCUGUUUAAAUAUUAAA